GCCGCCGCCUCCAUGAAGGCCUCCGAGGGUUCGGGCCGCGCGCCGCCGGGGCCAGAGGCGGCCUCGGCCCUGGCGGACGCGUUGUGCGAGUUCGACGCGGUGCUGGCCGACUUCUCGUCCCCUGGCCACCGACGCCGCUUCCGCUACGAGGAGCACCUGGAGCGGAUGAAGCGGAGAAGCAGCGCCAGCAUCAGCGACAGCAGCGGCUUCAGCGACUGCGACAGUGCAGAUUCCCUCUAUAGGAAUAGCUUCAGCUUCAGUGACGAGAAGCUAAACUCCCCAACGGUCUCCACCCCAACACCGCUCUCGCCGACAGCCGUUCCUUGGAAAGCCAAACUCGGAGACACAAAAGAAUUAGAAGACUUUAUUGCUGAUCUUGACAGAGCAUUAGCAAGUAUGUGACUCCAGGAAUCAUUCCCAGCCAUUUGGGACAUUCCUCGAGGGGGAAACUUCCAAAGCAACGAAGGUCCCGGGAAACCAGCCACGAGCAAGGGCGACUAGAGCAGGCAAGGAGGCAGUUACAUUCCGGUGGCUCUGUGGUUCCUCAGAUUCUCCUCAACAUCGGUGAAAUUGUCAUCCUUUUCCCUACGCAGCAAGUUAAAUCAGAUGGCUCACUGGGCCAAUGUUUGCUUAAAGCGGAGCUUGAUGCAAUUGUAAACGCUUGUAGCAGGGAAUUUAUUUGUAAUUUUAAAUAGUUGGAAACAGUAAGGAUGCUUUCCCCUUUCAUAAUAUAUUUUUAUAUGCAAAUAAAAUUGGAAGUAGCAUCUU